CACCCUGAUAAGGAGAUGUGAGUGAGAGGGGAGUCGGGAGCCGUUUCUUGCUCCUUUUCCAUGAGACGCCAAGUCCCCAAGCGGCUGUCAUGUGACAGCAAGAGAGCAGGAGCUGCGGGGGUCUCGCGGCUCGGGCACCAUUACAAAACCGCGCCGGAGCGCACCAGCCCCGCCAGCAGCCGCGGCGGUCGCCGCCCCGCUCGCCUCCUCUCCCCGCCGACUCCCGGCGCUUGCCUCUGCCGCAAACUUUUGAGGGGACACCAGACUGAGCGGUGAGAGGGAUGUUUUUAUUUCCUUCUUUCCUGUCCCUGCAGACCUCCGGGGUAAUUUCGUGCUCUCGAACCCUUGGUGCCUGAGGAGCAUCAACUCCAGCCGAGUGAGCCAGGCGGCAGGGGGGAAGUCCGGGAGAUUCAGCAGCCUCCAGGAGAAAAGCGGGACGCCAGUGGGGCCCCGGGACCUCCUUCUGGCACCCGAGCCCCCGCGGCCUGGGCGGCAGCUGUCUCUCCCGCAAGCUGAGGGGCAGCUAGGCGAGCGCGUCCCGCGGGGAGAGGCUGCUGAAGAAGCCGCGCACUGAGCUCGCUGCCCGGCCGCCGGGCGGUCGCUGUCGCGUGUGGCCCAGAAGCUGCCUUUGCAGCAGGGCAGGUGGCGCCCAGGAUGUAGAGGCGGCGGCGGAGCAGGGCAGUGAAGUCCCCGGAUCCCAAGCCCGCCGUGCGUGGUACUGAGCAGCGCCCAGCCCGGAGCGGCGGGAUCGUGCGGCCGAGGGAGUGCUGUGGCGGGGAGGCGAUGCCCAGGCCGGGGAAGAGUUCGUACAGCGACCAGAAACCGCCCUACUCUUACAUCUCCCUGACGGCCAUGGCCAUCCAGCACUCGGCCGAGAAGAUGCUGCCCCUGAGCGACAUCUACAAGUUCAUUAUGGAGCGGUUCCCUUACUACCGGGAGCACACCCAGCGUUGGCAGAACUCCCUCCGCCACAACCUCUCUUUCAACGACUGCUUCAUCAAGAUCCCGCGGCGACCCGACCAGCCGGGCAAAGGCAGCUUCUGGGCGCUGCACCCGGACUGCGGGGACAUGUUUGAGAACGGCAGCUUCCUCCGCCGCCGCAAGCGCUUCAAGGUGCUGCGCCCCGAGCAUCACCUGCCCGGCGGCGGCGGAGGCGGGGCGGGCGGCGGCGGUCCCGGCAAGCCCGCAGCGCCCACCCCGCACAUGGUGCACUACUUCCAUCCGCACCCGCCACCGCCGCCGCCCCCGGGCAAGGUGCCGGGGCUGGCGGGCUCCGACGCGGCCGUGGCUGCGGCCGCCGCCGCCGCGGUGGGAAGGCUGCCGCAGUUCUCGCCCUACGGGAGCAGCCAGCCCUCGGGCUUCAAGCAUCCCUUCGCCAUCGAAAAUAUCAUCGGCAGAGAUUACAAGGGUGUGCUGCAGGCCGGCGGGCUUCCGCUGGCCUCGGUAAUGCACCACCUGGGCUACCCGGUGCCCAGCCAGCUCAGCAGCGUGGUGAGCUCCGUGUGGCCGCACGUGGGGGUGAUGGACUCCGUGGCCGGUGUGCCCGUGUCCCCCGACUACGGACCCUUCGGCAUGCCCGUGAAGGCGCUCUGCCACCCGCCGGCACAGACCAUGCCCGCCGUCCCGGUGCCCAUCAAGCCGGCGCCGGCGCUGCCCGCUGCCUCGGCCAUCCCUGCCCUCACGGUCGCCGCCUCGCAGAUCUGCCCCGCCGCUUCCCCGGCUGCUGCAUCGCUGCUGGAACAGACCGCGAGCAACAACCCCGAGGGCAAGAGCUCCCUCCACUCCGUCCUGGUGCACUCCUAAAGCGCAGGGGCUCGGGGGUAGAGAGGCCCCCAAGCUCCCGGGGGAGUGGACGGGGGGAUCCGGGGCAUGCUUGCAGAAACCCGAUCGAUCUCAUGAC